CCUACUCGCCACUUCUGCAGACCUCCACAGCGUUAAAAUCGAUGAGAACGUCGCUAGAGUUGUUUUUUUUUCUCCAUUCUGAGUAAAUUCAAAGAGUUAGUGGCAUACAAGACACAUUAUUUAAAAGCAACAACGAUUUAUCAAAACUGCGAAUUAAAUGAAUAUGGUAAACAGUACCCUCCCUUGCUCGCAUCUCAUUAUCUGACUCCCGUUGUAGCUAUAGGUGAAGCUGCCUCUCUCUGCCAUACUGAAGCAGGUGUCCAACAUGGCGAUCACUGGCAGCGGUUCUCUCGCGACUAUUCUCUUUUUAUUCAUGUUUCAAGCGGCUCUUCUUAAAGGAGCUGCCCAGGACCCAGAUGGGUUUCAGAACCUGGUGACAGACAACGUGUCGGUGGUGGAGGGCGAGAUGGCCAUCAUCAGCUGUCGAGUGAAGAACAAUGACGAGUCCGUUAUCCAGCUGCUCAACCCCAACAGGCAGACGAUUUACUUCAGAAACAUGAGACCACUGAAAGACGCUCGCUUUCAGCUGGUGAACUUCUCCGACAACGAGCUGCGGGUGUCACUGUCUAAUGUCUCUCUGUCAGACGAGGGGCGAUAUGUUUGCCAGCUCUACACAGACCCCCCCCAGGAAGCCUACGCUGACAUCACCGUCCUAAUUCCUCCAGGUAACCCCAUCAUCGAGGCCCGGGAUGAGGUCCUGAGCGAGGGCAACGAGACAGAGAUGACCUGCACUGCCAUGAGCAGUAAGCCUGCUGCCACCAUCAAAUGGAUGAAGGGAGAUAAAGAGCUUCCAGGCAAGCCCAAGGUUGAGCUGACCUACGACAAGAUGUACACAGUAACCAGCCGGCUGACGUUCACUGUGAGUAAGGAGGAUGAUGGCGUACCUGUGUCUUGCAUCAUAGACCACCCUGCAGUCAAGGACUUCCAAGCACAGAUAUACCUGGAGGUGCAGUACAAACCAGAGGUAAAGAUCAUGGUAGAAUUUCCUCAGGGUCUUACCAGGGAAGGAGAGAACCUGGAACUGACGUGUCAGGCCAAAGGCAAACCCCAGCCACAGCGGGUGAACUGGGUGAAAGUGGACGACGAUGUGCCAUCCCAUGCCGUCAUCACCGGAGCUGAUCUUUACAUCGAAAACCUGAACAAGUCCUACAACGGAACCUAUCGCUGUGUCGCUUCCAACACAGUGGGGGAGUCUUUUGACGACUACAUCCUCUACGUCUAUGAUGCUCCCACCACUACCCCUAUACCCACCACAGCCACAACCACUUCCACCACCAUCACCACCACCAUCUCCUUCCCUGAAGCCAAUCAAGACACUGCGCCCAGCACUGAACCUGCAGCUCAUGAUUCACGAGCUGGAGAAGGAGCACCCAGAACGGUGGACCAUGCAGUGAUUGGAGGAGUGGUGGCCGUGGUCGUCUUUGCCAUGCUCUGUCUACUCAUCGUCUUGGGGCGUUACUUCGCAAGACACAAAGGUACCUACUUCACACACGAAGCCAAAGGAGCAGACGACGCAGCGGACGCGGAUACAGCCAUCAUCAACGCAGAGGGUGGCCACACCAACUCGGACGAAAAGAAAGAGUACUACAUCUAAUCAAAACGGGACCCCCUCACUCUAGUGUCCUCUUUGGGACAACGAGCUGUCUUUGGGGCCGGGGCAGGGGGAGAGGGGGGUUUGACGGAGGGAUUCGAGUCGGUUCAGGAUCACUUUUUAGUGAGAGUCGAGAGUUUAGGGAGUAGAAGAGAGAGGGGGUUUUAAAGAAAGGCCUGGUUUUAAGCCGUUGUUUAGUCUAGUCUGCAGAUGUAGAUGGAAUGUUUUGUGUGUAAAAAAAAAAAAAAAAAAAGGACAAAAAAUGGAAGGGUUGGGGUUUUCAGUAAACUGAGAAGGGGAUGGGGUUGCGGGUGGGAAGGCUGUGCCACACGUUGCCAGAAUUCACUGUAGAGAGCUUCACCAUUUCAACACCUCCCUAACUGCUGGUACGAAUUUUAUUUAGUUCAACCAUUUGCAGAAAAUUCUGUGCCUUGUUCUAUCCAUCCUUUGGAUUUGUGUUGAUCCUCAUUUGCAUAACCUUGUUGCUCUCCUUUUUCCCCCUGUUUCAUCUUUCCCCACUCGUAAUCAUCGAUGUGCUGUUGGCUUUUUUUGUAUGAUGGUAAAAUUACACAGUCACUGUAUUCAUUUCCCCAAAUGUGUCUGCACACACGCUUCCUCUACUGCAUAACAAAAACUCUUUCCAGUAUACUGUGAUUUGUCUCAAGCCAUUACUUCCCUCUCCUUUUUUUCCCCCGAAGUUUUGACAGCUCCAAAAAUGCAUGGAAUGCUUUACAUAUCAUUGUACAAAGGACAUAAAUGAGAAACAGGUUUGAUGUACUGUAUAUGCUCUCCCUGCCCCCCACCCCUGAACAUAACCACAUUCAAAACAUAAUCAAAAAGAAGGCAGCAAGGGAUCAUGUUAAAUUAUUUUAUUGGGCCAAUUCACUUUUUAAAUUCAUGUUUCGCAACCUCAGUUUGUUCUUCAAAGCAGUUUUUACUACUGCCUCUUAAAAAAUACCUUUCUUAGUAAAGAGAAGUAGUACAUGAUUUGUCUUCACGGUGGUGCCAUUUCAUUAUUUUGAUUUCUUUCUCUGUUGAGUACUAUUAUUUGUUUUUUUAUUAGUGUGGAUGGAAGCUCUGUUUUCCCACCAGCUUUUAUUGAGUUGUAAUGAUGUGAUUCAAUUGAUUUCCAUCUGCUUUCACUCUAGAAUAUUUUUCUUACAAAUGGGAAAGUAAGAAAAUGUAAAUUGUUUUAAAAUUGGUUUUGCUAGGCUCUCAGUCAAGAUGUCUCAGUAAUAAACGGGCUGUUGAAAAAAAAUAUUUGCUGUUAAUAUUGGCCAACUAGCAGCCGAAAGAUGCUGGCGUAUUGUACAUAACUUUACCGAUAAGAGAAAUGGCCUCAACCAAACGCAUUCAAAUUGAUUUUAGGAACACAUAAGCUGCACAAAACAUCCUGCGUUCAUGUUAUCCCAUAGACGCACACAAGCCAAUGGAAUCACAGCUGUAUUGUACACUAAUCCUUACUAAGAAAUAUUUUUUACAACUUAAUAGAAUUGCAAUGGAGUACCUUGGUGGAUUUUAUUCUGUUACACUCAUUGUGACUUUUGUCAAUAUGGAAGUAAAUGUCUUCAAACUGAAAUGCUCUGAAAGACAAUCCAGUCUUUCCACUUUCCAUCACCUUCUAAUAAUGUUUUUUUUCUUUAAUGCAGCAGCUUGAGUGCGUAGACAAUUGUUAAUAUUUUUGCAUGUACGUACGUGCUAAAACUCAUUAUUUUUGCCUCUCUAUCUUGCUUUAUGUAUCACCUGCCAAAAUUGAAUGAGGAUAUGUUUUGCUGCGCCAGCUGGGGAGCACUGAGGAGUGCCAAAAGUAAUUAAUUGUUAGUAACUGAACCUAAUACACAUGUUGUGCUCCGGGAUGGUAAUCCAUGGGUUACAUUCAUGCCCUGGCUUCUUAACAUGGCAAUAAGGGUCUAUUCAUGGCAUUGUUUGUCAUCAUUAUGUGUUCACACAGCAAGCAGCUCGCCUAAUGAAGCCCUUACUCUGUUAUGGCAGUGUUCACCUUCAAAGUUUUGGCUCUGUGUAACAUGAUAUUUUGUCAUUUUAUACAUUUAUUCAACACAAAUGAUAAACUUAACAUCAACCCCAAGA